GUUGUCUGGCCACACUCAGCCUGAUAAACAGCUGCUUACCAUUUAGGCCACUUCACAAAAGUUUUCUCUGAACUCCUCGAAUCGGGAUUUUUUUUCUGCUCACCGCUCUUUGUCGGUGGAAGUUCAGAUAAAGAAAGUCUGCACCGCUGGAAGCUGGAUUCUGGACUGUAGCUUUGCGUAAUGCUGAGGCGUCCUCUGCUCAACAUCUGGAUUAACUAUUUGGAGUCAGAGCUAGCGGCCCUAUACAAAACUCUGUCUGUCUAGCCUAUCUCUAUGGAAAGACUGCCCGUUUCUCUGGAAUUUAACUGCUUUUGAUACACCGAGUUUUGCGCAUAGAUUAUGUAUUCUUUAAAAUGGGUGCGAACAAUGGAAAACAGUAUGGAAGCGAGGGUAAAGGGAGCUCAAGCAUCUCUUCUGACAUAAGUUCGAGCACAGAUCACACACCAACCAAAGCUCCAAAGAAUGUGGCUACCACUGAAGGUUUAGACUCCAGCACUCGGACUCUGAGCACCCCCAGCCCCGGUCUCAUCCUCCCAUCCAAGUCCUCCUCUCUCUCCUCACCUGCCCUCUCCAGUAACGGCCAUGAGACUCACUCCUCUUCCUCGUCCUCUGCCCACGCUGAAACCGUUGCCGUGGUCCACUCUCAGCCUGGCACUCACACACGCUCCCGCCAGUCCAAAACCCACCACCACGCUCUCGUUGACCUCCUCCCUGACCUCACCUUUCUGCAGAUCUUCUCCCACCUCCCCACCAAUCAGCUGUGCCGCUGCGCUCGAGUAUGCCGCCGCUGGUACAAUCUGGCGUGGGACCCGAGGCUGUGGAGCACUGUACGGCUAACAGGGGAGCUUCUCCAUGCCGACCGCGCCAUCAGGGUGCUGACCCACCGGCUGUGCCAGGACACCCCCAACGUGUGUCUGACCCUGGAGACGGUGGUGGUGAACGGCUGCAAAAGGCUCACCGACCGGGGGCUUCAUGUGGUGGCUCAGUGCUGCCCGGAGCUCCGUCGCCUGGAGGUCGCUGGCUGUUACAACAUCUCCAACGAUGCUGUGUUUGAGGUGGUGUCCCGCUGCCCUGGCCUGGAACACCUAAACCUCUCAGGCUGCUCCAAGGUAACAUGUAUCAGCCUUACCCAGGAGGCCUCCCUGCAGCUGUCCCCUCUUCACGGCCAGCAGAUCUCCAUCCACUACCUGGACAUGACCGAUUGUUUUUCCCUGGAGGACGAGGGCUUGCGAACUAUCGCCUCGCACUGCCCCCGCCUGACACAUCUGUAUUUGCGCCGCUGCAUCAGACUGACGGAUGAAGCCUUGCGCCACCUGGCUCUCCACUGCCCAUCAAUAAAGGAGCUAAGUCUCAGUGACUGCCGCCUGGUGGGGGAUUUCGGCCUGCGUGAAGUCGCCCGCCUGGAGGGCUGCCUUCGCUACCUGAGUGUGGCCCACUGCACCCGUAUAACUGAUGUAGGAAUGCGCUACGUGGCUCGAUAUUGCCCUAGACUGCGCUAUUUGAAUGCCAGAGGUUGCGAGGGGCUGACAGACCACGGUAUGAGCCACUUGGCCAGGAGCUGCCCCAAACUCAAGUCCCUGGACGUGGGUAAGUGCCCGCUUGUGUCGGACAGCGGGUUGGAGCAGCUGGCUAUGUACUGCCAAGGCCUGAGGAGAAUGAGCCUCAGAGCGUGCGAGAGUGUGACAGGCCGAGGACUCAAAGCUCUGGCUGCCAACUGCUGCGAGCUGCAGCUUCUCAACGUGCAGGACUGCGAGGUGUCGCCAGAGGCUCUGCGCUUCGUGAGACGCCACUGCCGGCGCUGCGUCAUCGAGCACACAAACCCCGCUUUCUACUGAAAGGCAGGGGAGUUCUUGGACUGACAAGUGGAUGUUCUAAUAUUCCCUGCUCCGGAGUUGGCAGAGUUCAGAGGCCGAUGCGUCAGAACUGGUGUGCAAUACUGGCCAGAAAUUGACUCUUUAAUUCCGCUUGGUGGCUGUUAGGGCUGAGAUUACUUCCAUAGACUGUAUUUAACCUAUUUAUCUGUAAAAAGGCAGAGAAGUGUUUCAGUAUUUGACUUUUCUCGACAUCACACAUUACAAUGUAACAACAUGAGCACUUGGUACAGUUGUGUUACCAUGUAAAAGCAAUGAAAUAUUAUAUUUCAACACCAUACGGCCUUAGAAUACCAUAAUCAUUCAUUACUGCAUAUAUUUAUAAACAGGUUCAGAUUCAACCACUGAGAUGUACCUACAAAUAAGAUUUGGCGACUUAAAUUUGCAGUUUCACUUUUGUUAUGUUGCAUAUGCACUUUAUGCAAUUGUGUUGACAAUCACUUCAACUGAGCUCAUCCUGUUUUUUUUUUCAUUUCCUGUAUAUUAAACUAUUAGCCAGAGAUUUUUGACAGCCCAAUAGAAACAAACUGUUGUUGGGAAUAAACACAUUGCUGCUAUAACUGUGCCAAUAAACUUCUUCAAAAUCCAA